AUGGAUGAAUCGGUUACUACUGAUAAAAUGAUAAUAUCUAUCAAUAACUGUGAUAAAAACUGUAAACAAGAUGGUUUAUGUUCACAAAAUUUUAUGGAGACAAGCCAGAAAAAUUUAAUAGAAAGUACUGCAUUAAUUCAUAAGAAACAAAAAUUCAAUGGUAAGAGAUGGCAUAAACUCUGUAUUAUAAAUAACUGUGAGAAACAAGUUCAAAGAGAUGAUUUAUGUUGUCGACAUUUUACAGAAAAAAGAAGACAACAAAAAGUGGUAGGAAACAUCGGAGUUAUUCAUAUGAAUCAAAAAUUUAAUGGAUGUAGAUGGCAACGAGUUUGCAGUGGCGAUAACUGUGAUAAAUAUGCUGUUAAAAAUGGUCUAUGUAGAAGGCAUACACCACGAGAUGCAAAAAAACCCCAAUCAUCUGCCAAAUCAAAAAGAGUGAGAGUAAAUAAAAAUUCUACAAAAAAUCAUACAGAACAUAACGCUUUUGAUGAUUUAGACGAUUCUCAAACAAUACCACCACAACAAAAUUUUCCAACAGAUUCGGUUUCUGCACAAUUCGAAUCUCCACCGGAUAGUAUUGCAACUGUUGCACAAUCAGACAUUAGCAGAUGUUCUAUGACUUGCGUGUCGACAGACAUACGUACUGAUGCAUCAGAGAGAACUGCAGAUAACGAACAUAGUGAAAUGAACAUGAAAAAAUGUCAAUAUCAAAUACCAACGAAUGAUGAUCAAAAAUGUCAUAUGCCAAGCACAUAUCAAUGUUCUCAUUGCUCAUCUGUAUUUUGUCUCAAACAUGGUGCAAAACAUCAAGAAGAUGUGAAAGAAGAAAUUAACUACUUAUUAGAUGAAACGCAGGAACUUAUUGCUGAAAUACCAUCAUUGAAUAUUGAUAGUGGUAGAAAGAAUUGUGAAGAACAAUUAAACUAUUGGAUUAGAAUGAUGGUUAAUAAACUUCAACAACAAUAUAAAGAAUUUCAGAUGGAACUUGAUCGACUUCAUAAUUAUAUUGAAAUGAAUAAAAAUCAAUGGAAAUCAUCUUUGAAAGAUCGAAUGGAAACACAAGUUCGUUCGAUAUUACUAGUACAAUUGGGAUUAAAUGAAAUUGAUGGAUCAGAAUUGACUAAAGCUCGAGAUGAACUAUUACGUGCACAAAAACUCUGUGAUUUACUCAAUAGUCAAGCAAUAAUCACAACAUCUACUGCUGAAGAUAAUGAAAUCGACUUAUUUACACCUCGCCUAUGUUUUUCAAACGUUAUAGUCGAUGGUUUCAAUUGGAUCUAUGAAAUUUUACCAAAACCGAAUGCUGAAAUUACGAAGUUAGAUGUUGCUUUGUCAAAAAUCAAUAACAUCACAACUGAUCCAUUAGUAGAUAAAGAAACAAUCGAAGAUAAUCAUUUUGGAGAUUCUGAUACGUCUCCACUUGUAUUAAGUAACACAAACCAAUCCAUGAAUAGUAAUAAUAAACAGGUUGAUUAUUCUCCAAUUGAAUCGACAAUGAAUAAUACAAACAAUUCCAAUAAUCUUUCAACAAAUAUCGAAAAUCAAAAAUCAAAUUCAACAUCAUGGUUAUUUCAGUAUCAUCAAAAUGAUCUUGAACAAAUUAUUACAAAUCCUGAAAAUCAUAUUGAAUUAAAUUUAACUUCAAAAAAUCUAAAUUGUUCAGAUAUGAAGAUUGUUAGUCAUUAUGCUUUACAAAAUAAUAAAACACUUAUACAACUUGAUCUUUCUCGAAAUCAGAUUAAAGAUAUAGGUGCAUGUCACUUAAGUAUUGGAUUACAAUUAAAUCAAACACUCACUAUUCUUGAUCUUUCUCACAAUCAAAUUGGAGAUACAGGAAUAUCAGAACUAAGUGUUGGGUUAAAAUCAAAUAAAAUACUCGCAACUCUUGAUCUUUCUGCAAAUAAAAUUAAAGAUGAAGGAGCACGAUUUCUAAGUAUUAUGCUUCGAUCAAAUAAGGCACUAACGACAUUAAAUUUGUCUGAAAACGAUAUUAAAAAUAAAGGAGCCACUUGUUUAAGUACUGCGUUACAAUUAAAUCAAACACUUUUAUCACUUAAUCUUUCUAAUAAUCGAAUUGGAGAUCAAGGUGGACGACAUUUAUGCAAUGCAUUAAAAUCAAAUCAAGUAAAACUUUGA